AUGUUGACUAUCGGCUCAAGACUGUUUGUGUUAGUCAAAAGAUACUUAAUAAUCAAAAUUCUUAAAAAAGAGCCGCCACCUCUAGGUUUUGACCCAGAUUACAACCCAUUGUUAAUCCAGGAUUUAUUUGUAGAUGACCCUUGCACAAUCCCAUUUAAAGUCACAACUGAUGGAAAUCGUGUUUUUGAUGGAAAUUACUCAAUUGAAGUAAGAUUUAUAGAAGACCACAAAUUUCGAACGCCAACUCUUAUAAAUGUAUUUCAUUGAGAUUUAGAAAUAAAAUACCAAAAGCUGAUCUUAAUUGUGAAAACCGCACAUAUCCUAAAUCCAAUGCGAUUCAAUUGAAAUACUGACGACAUCCAUACAAACCCAGAAAUUUACAAUAUCCUAGAAAAUGUCAAUAGCGCUAAAUAUAGAGCUGGGAUCAUGCCAAUGCCUCAAAACCUCUGCCAAACUGUUUCUUCCUCAAAAGAAAAUAAACAAAAAUUCAAAGAAGUAAAACACUAUGAAAUUAUUGAUUGCGAAAACGACAAUGAACACCCGCAAAUGCUUAUAGAGACGAUUUUAUAUGAAAAUAAAGAAAAUUUAUGUAGCACUGAGUUAAACGCACGAAUGUCUGGAGACAUGAUACCGCUUCAAGACACACUAGAAAGCCAUUCUAAUACCAAAUCAAAUGCACAGAUAAUUGAGCAGUUCCCAAUGUGGGCGAUCAAUUAUUUGAAGUAUAAAUACAAUGUCCGAUAA